UGUUACUAAAGGAGCCUCCUAGAUGUUACCUUGAUAAUUAUCGUUAAAAAGUAAAAGUAGUUAUUAAACUCCGUUGAAAAUCAAUGUGAUGUAUAGUCAGUAUCAAGACAUUGCGUAGGUUCAACUAGCGAACAGGUGGGAUUAAAACAGAUUUUGUUUACCUGUCAAAUCAAAAUGUUUAGAAAGUGUUGUUUUAAAAGUAUAUCAAAUAAUUUUCUAUUAAAUAGAAAAUAAGUGAACUAGAAAGUUUAUCUUUAAUAGCAUUAAAGUCAGUGAAACGUUUACUUUAAUCAACAUACCUACGAAAAGUUUUUAAUAUUUUUUUGGGAUUAACUUCAUAAGACGGAAUUAAAUUGAUGCUAGUAAUGGACAUUCAUACUUUCAUCAUAUUCAUACUUCUUGGUGUUGUACAGACUACGAUUGCAACGCCACCCAUUUAUAGUAUUGCACUAGAGGAGAGUCUGAGGACCGAGUUAUUUACGAGCUACACAGCACAACAAAGACCAGACAAAAAAGUCCGAGUUGGCAUAAGAUUUCAUCUUUUAACAGUAAACGAUUUGAAUAUAAAAGAUCAGACAUUGUCAUUAUCUGGAUACUUGACCAUCGAUUGGUGGGAUUCCAGAUUACAAUGGAAGAACACAAGCAGUACGUCACAGGAUUAUACAAGCAUCAAUUUUCUAUUUGCCACAGAAGAGCAUGUUUGGAGACCAGCAAUUAUUAUAGAAAAUGGGGUUGAUGGGAUUUCUGUUAUCAGCGACACCGCUGUGCCAAUGAGGAUAGCACAGGAUGGUAGAGUUAUAUGGAACCCAGCUGGAGUAUACAAAAUUAAUUGUGAGUCGGAUACCAAGUAUUAUCCUAUGGACACACAAGGAUGCUAUUUGAAAGUCAGUGCAUGGGCAUAUACUCAAGCUGAAAUAGAACUGUAUUUCAAAGUAGAGCCUGUUGAUAUAAGCUUUUAUGCUGAAAAUGGAGAAUGGGAUUUACUCUCAGCAGAAAGUUUUAAAGCUGAAGCACAAACUCGAGAUGGUGAUUCAUUCUCUUCAGUGUUUUUCUUGAUCAGACUUCAGCGACGUCUUUUGUUUCAUGUUGUUAACACUUUGUUUCCAGUAGCUCUGAUGGCCAUUCUGAUAGCGUUUGUGUUCAAACUGCCAGUUGAUUCUGGUGAAAAGAUUGGGUUUUCUUUAACUGUUCUGUUAUCAUAUGCAGUUUAUCUUACGCUGAUUUCGGACAAUAUUCCCAGUACAUCAAACACUGUCUGCUAUUUAUCGUUGUACCUGGCUUUUAUAUUGCUACUUGCUACUAUUGCUGUCAUUUUAACUACAUUCGUGAUAAAUCUACACAUGCGUACAGACGAUGAAAGAAUGUCAAACUCCUUAAAGAAAUUCACUUCAAAUUACUUAAUAAAAUUUGCCUGUUGGAAAAACAAGUGCUGUCAUAGGAAGAACAUAGUGGAUCAUGAAAGGUUGGACUUACAGAUUUACAAUAUAAAAGGCACACACCUAUCAGAGAACAAUAAUAGUCAUGACAAUGAGACCGAACACAAGGAAGGGUCAAUAGAUCUAACAUGGAAGGAAUUAUCAGAGAUUAUGGACAAAGUAUUUUACAAUAUAUAUAUGAUCCUCAUUGCAAUAUCUACAUUUGUAUUAUUUGUGGUAAUAAUAUUUGGGUAUAACAAUCCAGACACUUCAUAACACGAGUGCAAUGAUUGACAAAAGUAUUUUUAAAAACAACAUAUAUAUGUCUUAUUUCUGGAGUUACAAUUCACACAUAUGAAUACAUUUUAUUUAUUUUUGAUGAAUGUUAAAUAUUUCUUGAUAAAAAUUGCUUGUUUAUUACUCCUCAUGAUCGUACAAUUGGUGUAAUAAAAUUUUCAAUAAUAAGUCCAUACUUUUAGGUGUGAUUGCUAUUGCAAGGUGUUAACAUCUUAAAGUUUGCAUAUUUAUGGACACAAAAUAUGUUUCAUCGCUUUGCCUUCUUUAAGUUUCAAUAUAUAGCAUGUUACCAAUAGAAAGUCAUUCAAUAAAUUAUGCAGAAGGGAAAUUCAAAACAGUAAUAACAACAUGAAUGCAUCAAUUUGACCACCAUAUCUAUUUAGAUCCAUUUCAGUCAU